CAACGCCGCCCCCCCUUCCCUUCCCUUCCCUUCCUGGCUGCACCCUGGGAAUCCAGGUCAGCCCAGCCCCUGCCCUGCUUUCACCAGCCCUGUUUGCAUCCCAGAAGAGCCAGCAUGGAAGAGGAACCUAUUGAAGAUGUGCCCAUGGGACCCUCAGAGGAAGAGCAACAGCAGGGAGGUGCUCAGAGGACCUCCUCCACCGCCCUGGAGGUGGAAGAGGAGAUUAUCCUGCCUGCUUCCACUUCCUUAGAUAACGAAGACGAAGAAACCGUCUUGCCCGUGUCCACAUCCCUGGAAGGGGAAGAAGGUGGCAAGGAGACGUCCCUCCCGCCUUCAGAGUGGGAGACCUCCGAGUCGCUGUUCCCGCAGGAGCAGAGCCCCAGCAAUGAGGGGUCUUCUUCCCAGCCUCUGGAGAGCUCUGAGCCCUCUUCUUCCUUGGCCUCCUCACCUUCUUCCUCGCCCGUUCCCUGGAGCAGGCAGAGGGACAGCGUGCUGCAACCCCUGGAGGAAGUGGAGGACACGGAGGAGACAACGGCAGAGCUCAGCAGCAUCCUUCCCAAGAGGAGCUUGGAGAAGAAAGCCAAGAAGAAGGGCGCCAUGGUCAAGAAGGGAGCUCUGAACUACACAGUGAGGCCUGUGGUGCCAGCUGAGAAGGCAGAGCUGAUAUCCGUGGCCAAAGCGAUGCACCGGGAGAACUUUGGCAAGAACGUCAAGGAGCUCUUCCACCUGGAGAAGGAGGCAGCCCUGAAGUCCAUCGAGACAGGCCUGUAUAUUGGCUGGCGCUGCCCUGAGUACCUGUGGGACUGUUUCCGCGUGGGCGACGAGUCCAAGUGUUUCUGUGGGCAUUUGCUGAAGCAGCACCAGGUCUAUGUAGACAGGCGGGCAACCGUGCCCUGCACCCUGCAGGGGUGCAAAUGCCAAGCCUUCAUGUUCGUCCCUUCCCGCCCAGAGGAGGUGGGUGAAUUCUGGCUGCGGAGGAGAACCGGCUUCGACCCAGCGGCCUGGCGGGCCAAAUGCCGCUGCAAGCACACCCACGAGGAGCACACGCCCAACGGAGCCCGUGGCUGCAGUGCCCGAGGCUGCUCCUGCAUGGCUUUCACCUCCAACUUCUUGUGCGCUGCCUGUGACCGGCGCUGGGAGGAGCACGAGACUUUCUUUGAGUCGGAGGAGACACGGCGCAAGGGGGGCCGGCCGUGCGGAGAAGCCUAUCUGCCUUUUGCCGAGAUGCCCGAACUGCGUGAUGCCGUCCUGACGGGGCGCUCCGAGGACAGCUCUGCCUACGAAGCCCUGCAGGGCCAGGGGGCCUUCCCGGCCCUGCCUGCCCCCUCUGGCUCACGCGCUCUGCCUCUUCCCCCCUCAGGGCCCCGGAGGAUAGUGGAGAAGGACCACAAGAAGGCCUGAGGGUGGCCGGCGGACGGGACCCACCCCCAGCGAGAGGCAAUAAAGAGAGGCUGCUCUGGCCUGCGGCGUCCGGGCGUCUCUUCUGGGCCCCUGUGGGAUGCAGGGAGGGCUCUGGGGAGAAUCCAGGGCCAGAGGGAGCUCUGGGGCAGGAGAGGGGUGACCCUUCUCCCCAGGGGAGUCGGGAUGGAAUUCCUCUACGUAAGAACACCAGGAUAGCUGGCUGGAUCAUCUAGUCCUGUUCUCACAGGGGCCAAAUACUCCAAAGAACCUAGGGAUCUGGAUAGACUGCCUCUGGCCCUGGAGGUUCCGUAGGAACAUGAGAAGAGCUUGGCCAAAGCGUCCUGUUCUCACAGGGGCCAGCCAGGGGCCACAAGGGGAAACCCUCAAGCAGACCUGAGAUCAGCUGCAAUUCUCCUGGGACUCAGAAGCAACACUGCCUCCAGCUGCAGAGGUAGAGCGCAGCCCUUGUGGCUAGCAGCCCUCGAUAGCCCUCCCCUCCACCAGUUUCCAAGUGGCCAUCAUGGCCUCCUGUGGGUGGGAGUUCCACAGAUUAAUAAUGUCCUGUGUGAAGGACUUCAUUCGCACAAUGAGGCUCCCGCAGUAGCUGCCUCGCAGGGAGAAUCUGGGCCGCUUUUUCUGAGCCAGCUCCCAGCUGGGGCUUCCGUGGCAGUCUUUGAGAGGGGUCUUCCCUGCCACGUCUGGGUCAGCGGGCAGAUGGGCUAGGGCAGGGCCCCCCAAAAUGAGCCAGGGGGUGCCACCUUGCAGGCCAGUGGGUGGGUCCAGCACCUUUUUUUCUAGAAAAAAGCUGAGGUUGUUACAGGAAGGGCUUGUUUUGGCCCUGGCCCCAACCUCCCCAUUGCGCUUGCAGGGGGCUGGACUCGAUGACCCUCAGGGUCCCUUCCCAUUUUGAGAUUCCUCAACGUCAGGCGGCUUCCCUCCUGCCCGUCC